AUGACUAACCUACAGAGUAGUCGUCCUGGUGAGAGGAAUGCUGAGCAGGCCAUUACUGUCUUAAAAAGAGGCUCUUAUCUGCUAAAGUAUGGGCGAAGGGGGAAACCAAAGUUCUGCCCUUUUCAACUUUCUAAGGAUGAGACAGCAAUAAUUUGGUAUUCUGGUAGAAAGGAGAAACAGCUCAGACUAAGUCAAGUUUCAAGGAUUAUACCUGGACAACGUACUGCAACAUUUCAGAGGUAUCCGCAACCUGAGAAGGAAUAUCAGUCAUUUUCUCUUAUCUAUGGCAAAGGUUCCUUAGAUGUGCAGAUAUGCAAAGACAAGGAUGAAGCAGAGAUCUGGUUUGUUGCCCUGAAGGCACUGACUUCACAGGGUAACUUUCAAAAAUGGAGAACUGGAAUUGGAAUUGAUUGCACGUCGUCAGAUAAUUCAAGUACACUCACAGAAAGGAAUUCUGAAUCCAUUUUGUCAAGUAGUAGCUGUGAUACAAAGAAUGAGGACAGACUACACCGUCAGAUAGUUCCCAUCCCCUUUGAGAGACCCCCUCAAAAAAGACUUGGCAGAGUUUUUUCUGACUUUUUACUGUAUAAUGAAGCUGGUCAAUGCUCUACACAGAGAGAGUUAGUCACCAGUUCUCAUAGUCCACAACCACAAGAGAAUGUAGGUGAUCUUUAUGGGAAGAUAUCCAUAGAUACUUCUCGAGUCAGUUUCUCCAGUGCCAUAAGUAGUUCAUGUAGCGUGGAAUCCUCUCUUGAAGAUAAUGUUACUUCUAGUGAUAUCUUCAUUUGGGGAGAAGGAACUGAGGAUGGAUUGCUUGGUGGAGGUGUUCAUAGAAUUGGAGAAUCAGUUUUUCCUAGAAAGGAUACCCUUUUGCCAAGGGUUCUGGAUUCUACUUUGGUACUUGAUGCUCAAAAUAUUGCUUGUGGUGACGAACACGCUGUGUUAAUCACAAGACAAGGGGAAAUUUUUAGUUGGGGAGUGGACUCAGGGGGGCGCCUGGGGCAUGGAGUAGAAGCUGAUGUGUCUACUCCAAAGCCCAUCAACACUCUUAGUGGACAGAACAUUGUAUCAAUAGCAUGUGGAGAAUAUCAUACUUGUGCUGUGACACUCUCUGGAGAUCUAUAUACAUGGGGGGAUGGCAUCCAUAACUUUGGCCUUCUGGGGCAUGGCACUGAAGUUAGUCACUGGACUCCAAGAAAAGUAAGGGGUCAGAUGGAGGGUAUCCAUGUAACGUCCAUAUCUUGUGGACCUUGGCAUUCAGCUGCUAUUGCCUUAGGGGGUGAGUUGUUUACCUUUGGAGAUGGAACUUUUGGUGCCUUGGGUCAUGGAGAUCGUUGUAGCACAAAUGUUCCAAUGGAAGUUGAAACUUUAAAAGGACUAAGGGUUAUCAAUGUAUCUUGUGGAUUUUGGCAUACUGCUGCUAUCAUAGAGGUUCCUUAUGAAUCAUCAAGUUCCAAUGUCUCUUCAACUAGAAAGCUGUUCACCUGGGGAAAUGGAGAUGAAGGCCAGCUUGGACAUGGGGACAAACUAUCUAGACUUGUUCCAUGCUGUGUUUCUGUGUCAACUGAUACAAACUUCUGUCAAGUAGCCUGUGGACAUAGCAUCACUGUUGGUCUUACAACCCGUGGACAGAUAUACGCCAUGGGGAGUGCUGAUUGUGGUAAACUCGGGAGUCCAGGAAGUGCCAGUACAUUACCCUUGCGUAUCGAAGGUAAAAUAAAAAGUAGCUUCAUUGUAGAAAUUUCAUGUGGCUCUCAUCAUGUAGUUGCCCUGACCUCAAAAUCUGAAGUUUUCACUUGGGGAAAGGGAAGAAAUGGUCAGUUAGGGCAUGGGGACAAUGCUGACAGGAAUACUCCUACUCUUGUAGAAGCUCUGAAAGACAAACUAGUGAAAAGAGUGAUUUGUGGAAACAAUUUCACGGCAGCAAUUUGCCUUCACAAACGGAUGUGUGUAGCUGAUCGCUCAAUUUGUUCUGGUUGCCACAAUCCGUUUAAUUUCAGAAGGAAACGUCAUAAUUGCUAUAACUGUGGUCUUGUGUUUUGUAGCACGUGUAGCAAUAAGAAAUCAUUCAAGGCUUCUUUGGCUCCAAAUAGAAAGAAACCAUAUCGUGUCUGUGAAGAUUGUUUUCGAAAACUGAAUAAGGGGUUGGAUUUGAGCUCUCGACCUCCCAAGGCCAGUAGUGGAUAUGUUUGUGGGGAUCUUGGUAAAAUUGAGAAAAAGUUCUCCAAAGCUAAACCACGCGGCCUACUUUCUAGACUCUCAUCAUUUGAUUCAUUUAGACGGUCUGAUAGUGGACUUUCUAAAAAGAACCAGAAGCUAAACUCAAGCAGUAAUCAUAAUUCUCACUUUCACUCUAGAAGUUUUGAGUGGAACGGGUCUUAUGCAUCUAGUCCAUCAACAUUUGAGUGGAACGGGUCUCUUGCAUCAAGUCCAUCAACAUCUAUCUUUGACUACUGCGAGAAAAUAAAUGCUUCACUAGGUUCAGCAAGGCAUUCUAUAGCAUCUUCUCCUCUCUCUGCAAAUUCAAGUCCAUAUCAUUCUAUUUCUCUUGCAUCGUCAUUUGCUAGUGUUCCUUCAGAAGAAGUUAUUGAUGAUUCAAAUAAAAAAAAUGACAAUCUCGUUGAAGAAAUCUCAGUUCUGAGAGAGCAGGUGGAAGCUCUCAAUCGUAGGUCUCAAUUUCUAGCAGCUGAACUUGAAAGAACAUCUGAUCAAUUAAAAGAGGCAACGGAAUUUGUUCAGGACGAAGCAGAGAAAAAUUAUGCUGCAAAAGAAGUAAUAAAGAGUCUCGUGAGUCAGUUAAAAGACAUGGCUGUACGGGUACCUCAGGGAUCUUCCUGCCGAGCAACAGAUUCAUUUGCUGAUAACAUGUCCCAUGUUCUGAGCACUGCUUCUACGUAG